CGCCGUAUAAUCCAGCGAAAUCAGUCGAAGAACUCGCUAUCAGACUCCAAGUCUCAGUCGCCUCGCGCGUCUCUAAACACUUCGUGUCGUUCGGCACAGCAUGGAACUGGUCGCUCAAGUCCAGGGAUAUCUCUCUUCAUGGUCUAAGAACGGUGAAUCCGAAUGUCGAAACCUCCUCGUCCCUUUUCACUCCAAUCCCACCGAUCCCCGAUCCUCCAACGCAUUGACCACCGCCUAUCACACCCUCCUCCUCUCCACCCUCGUGACCUGGCCAGCAAAAUACACCCUGUCCUCUGAUGCUCUGAUUCGUUUCGUGGAGUUGACGCUCCAGGGCCUGCCCGGGACGUCACACGACGCCUCACCGACUCCGAGCGCCACGCAGGCGUUCGGCGAGUUGCUCGUGGACACUAUCUGGGCGACGGACGAACAGCUGGAUAUUGUGGUUGGAGAUGCGAAGGCGGCUGCAGAGGCCAAGGCGAAGGGUGAGAUUGCGGAAAGUGAUGCGGCUGCGACGGUGAAGGCGAAGCAGAACGCGGAGAAGGAUAAGGAGACUUUGGUUUAUAUCACGAAGCAAUUAUUGCGUGCCGGGAUCUUGGACCCGAAUUUGUGUCGGGAAAGGCUCGAUAUGACAUUGAUCGUGAAUGCCGGGCUCUGGGCGGACAAGCUAGCCUACGAGAAGAAGGAGAUCAGGACACGAACAGGUCUCUUCUACAAGCAGACCAAGUACAACCUCCUCCGCGAACAAUCGGAAGGCUUCUCGAAGCUCGUCGCGGAGGUUACGAGCUCGCUACCCCCGCCACACUUAGCCUCUGCUGCGCUCCCUGCUGAAUCGCAUGCGGAACUCAUCGAGCGCGCACAACCGGUCUGGGAACGCGUCGUGAGCAUCGUCGGGUACUUCGACCUCGACCCUAACAGGGCCCUGGACUUCAUCCUCGACGUGUUUGAUGUCCAUUUGACAACGCAUUGGAGUUUCUUCCUCGUUCUCCUCGGACUGUCGCCUUGGAAGGGGCACAGUGUUGUACAGGUGGAAAAAGAGAAGGGGAAGGGAUUGUUGGAUGUGAAUGGGGAUGUGGAGAUGGAUGGUGAAGCAAAGGUGUCACCCUAUGCGGGGAAGACACUGGAUGAGGUACUGACGAUCGCGGAAGGAGAGAACGCACCGCGGGCUAUGCCACCACCGAAAGGGAGCAACCCGAGGGUGUUGGCGCAGGUCUUGGGCUUCAAGUUCCGCCAUUAUCAGUCUCCGGACGUCCCAGAGUCAACUCCACAGUCGCUCGACUUGACCGCCGCGCUCCUUAUUCGAGACGGCUUUAUUACCCUAGAAGAUCUCUAUCCUCACCUCACGCCCUCCGAGGAAGACAUGCAGGACGUAGAACAUAUAGCUUACAUGGCGUCCGUCCAGGCCCGAAUAAACGCUGUCAAGUUCAGUAGCGCUCUCGCCAUGGCUGCUCCCCUGGAAUCCAGAUCAUCGCGCUCUGCAGCCUCAGCAACAGAUUCAAAGAAACCUGCCGCGACGCUCUCUGAACCGAAACGCAUCCCAAAUCAGAAACUUGGCGUCCUCUUAGCACUUCUAGGUGUUGGAGCCCUUCGUCCCGCACUGGCCAUCCUAUCAAAAUACCGGUGGAUGGUCGACGCCCAUCCCCAGAUCGCCGACCUCUUAUUACGCAUCUUGAGACACUCGGUAGACCCGCUCUACCAAUCCAACCAGGUCCAGAAAGAACACAGCCCUUCGUAUACCCAGCCCAAAGCACGCUAUACCGGCAGCGGAACGCUGCAGGUUCCUACGAGAAAGGUGAAGCUGUCGACUACUGCGCCUACGCCGACUCCGACGAGCACGGUGGAGUGGGUGUAUUUCUACCCGCUUUGGAAGGAUAGGGUGCCGUUGGCGACGACGAUGGAGGAUUUGGUGGACGUGGUCGAGCCGUUGAUGGCUUUUGUUGGGUUGCAGAUAUCAAGGGAUCCGAUUUUUAUGACGAAGUUCAUGCGACUUGGUCGUUCGCAGAUCAUCAAAGACCAGGCUCCAGACGCGAAAUACAUCGACCCGGAACAUCCCACCGGUCAAUUCUGGAUCAAAAUCCUCCGUCUCUACCUUCUCCCCGCUCUCCCCCUCAUCCGUGGCAACGCAGUCUGCACCGUCGAAAUCUGGAACCUCCUCCGCCAAUUCGAAACGACCGACCGCUGGAGGCUCUACGGCGAAUGGCGCAACCGGAUGUACUCCUCGCACCCUGAGCUGCGCGUCCGACAAGCAGAAACAGACCGCGAGGCGAAGGCAGUCCUGCGGCGGCUGACGAAGGAUAACGUGCUGAUGUACGAGGGCACGGUGGCGAAGCUCGCGCAUUCGAACCCGCUGCCAUUUUUUGCGCUCGUCGUGCAGCAGGUCACGGCGUAUGAGAACAUGGCGGAGACGGCGAUUAAGUCGAUGCGGUAUUUGACCAAUAUGGGAUUUGAUAUUCUUGGGUUUACGAUCUUGGACGCGUUGGCGAACCCGAACAAGGAGAGGGUGAAGGCGGACGGGGUUAAUACUUCUGAUUGGCUGCUCAGUCUCGCCGCGUUCUCAGGCGCGCUCUACCGUCGCUACGCCGCCGACAUCGGUCCCAUCCUGCGCUACAUUGUCAACCAACUCUACAACAACCAAACCUCGGACAUCGUCGUCCUCCGCGAGCUCAUCCGCCACAUGGCCGGCAUCGAGCCCCUGCCCAGCAUGACGGAGUCCCAAAUCGUCGCGCUCGCAGGUGGACAGACGCUGAGGAUCGAGGCGAUCGCGUCGUAUACUAGGGGCGCGAAGCUCGACCCGGGCGAUGUGAGUUAUAAGGGCCCUGGGAGGCUGGGGAGGUAUUUGUUGGAGACGGAUUUGGCGAGGCCGUUGCUGGUGCAAGUUGCGCAGAUGAGGCAGUCGGCGGUGUAUCAAGCACAGAAUACGCCGUUGAAGAGCUUGUCGAAUCUGUUCGAUAUGACCCAUGGCGUGCUCAUGCAGUAUCUGGAGGUGACUACGACACCUUCUAUUGUCAGCCUGAAAGACUAUGAGGAGAAGGUGGUUCCGAAGUUGACGGACCUGCAUGAGGUGUAUGGGAUUGCUGCGCCCAUAUGCAUGCUCAUCAUCCGACCGAUCGUACAAGCUGCCAUCCUGUCUGCGGCGUUGGCUGCACAGGAGCAGGAACGCGUCGCCAGCGAGGAGGCUGAGAAGAGGUUGAAGGCUGCACUCGCUGCUAAACGGGAUCCUACCGCCUCAUCCUCUCGGAUCGCGUCUCCUAUGGUCGGGGACACGAGCACCGCUUCGAUCACUGAGGGCAAUGGCGAAACGAAGUACACUGUGUCGGAGAGCAAGUCGUCGGGCGAUGUGGAUAUGUCACCGCCGGUCGAGCAGAGUCCGUGGUUGCCUCAGUUGAAGGAGUACUUCGACGAUCUGAAGAGGAUUGCCCCGAAAGAGGCGAUGAACAUAUUCGGGCCCGGAUUCUAUGCUACAUUCUGGCAACUGUCGAUGUACGACCUCGCACCACCUGCCGCCAAGUAUGAGGAAGAAGGGCAGGCACUACGCGCCCUCGCUCGUUCAGAAGAUGGGCUAUACAAUGCGGCCGAUCGUUCUCCAAGUAGGGCAAUCAGACAGACCGCAUCUGCACAUCGACAGAAGAGAGACCGGUAUACGACGACCGUGAACUUGUUGGCGCAAGAGUUUAAGGAACAGGCUACUAUGCGGGAGGUUACCCUCAAGCGGUUGGAGAAGGAGAAGACACAUUGGUUCCCGAAUGCUACGAAGGCGGCCGUGCUUGUGUCGGCUGUCAUCGAACACUGUCUCCAGCCUCGAUCCCUUCUAUCGCCUAUGGACGCGGAUUACUGUGCUCAGAUCAUCAAGGUUCUACAUAACCUGGGUACACCUGGCUGGUCUACGCUCAUGGUCUACGACAGACUCCUUGGCGAUCAUGUUCGGGUGGUCGUGUUCAGUUGCAGCGAGUACGAGGCCAGGAACUAUGGUCGUUUCCUCCGCGGGAUUCUCACCGAUCUCCACAAGUGGUUCAAGGAUGAACGCGCCUAUGUCUCCGAGAACCGCGUCAAGGGCAAGACGACCUGCCUCCCCGGUUUCCAACACGCCUGGUCCAAUAAACCCGUGAUCGAACAGUCGGAUAUCUUGAGCUGGCAUAAUUUCCAGCAGAUCGUCCGCAAGUGGCACAAGAAGCUUUUCAAGUCUCUCGUGGAUUGUAUCCAGACCGGAGAAUUCAUGCAUGUGUAUAAUACCCUCUUCGUCCUGAAAGAGCUCAUGCCUGUCUUCCCGCUGGCCUCGGUCAUGGAUCGCAUUGGUCCAGGUCUGUUCCAGCAGAUCGAACAUCUUGUUGAGAAGGAGGAACGUGGAGACUUGAAAGUCCUCGCUCAGUCUAUAAGUGUUGGUAUGACGAAGAGGGAGUCUUAUUGGGCACCGCCGAAGAAUGCUGCAGCGAGGCCUGCCGCUCCCUCUCCGAAACCGUCUACGACUACAUCCACUGACAAGACGAAGACCAAUGCUCCUCCCAGUGGCCCAGCCUCGUCUCAACCAAGCGACAAGGCCAGACCUGUGGUCGCUCCUACUCCGUCAGCACCUCGUGCCCAACUGGUCAAUGGUAACUCUAGUGGCAGAGAAAGCCCUGGCCUCUCAUCCACGAAGUUGGCCAUGAAUAGGUGUGUUUAUUUGUCGCACAACAUCACAUCAUUCGCUGACUUCAUCCACAGUAUCCCUCGACCCGAGGUCGUGAAGCGAGUGCGUCCCGAGCCAAGAUCAGACACCCCGACGCAGCCAGCUACAAACGGACGAGGCACGCCUUCCAAACCGGCAGAGCCGAUGAACGUCGAUCCUCAAUCGAAUUCAGACUCAAAAUCCUCUGCUCCUACCGGUGACUCCCGUUCUUCGCUCAGAGACGCCGCCAGUGCUCUUCGGCCGACACGUAACGGAAACACCGGAACAUCCUCGAACGCACCCAGCCCACGUCCAGAAUCACCAGCUUCUCUCGCAGCCCGCAAACCUCUGCCUCCUAUCAAAACCGCCACCCCUCCUGCCACGGUGCCACAGACUGGUAGUGCCAGCGCCACAAACGGUUCGAUAACAACAGCAAAAGCCCCUCCACAGUCGCCCAGAAGUCAUCGGCCUCUUGACGAGAGAGUGGCAGCAGCUCGCGCGGACGUCCCAGCUCCGGUGAUGCCUCCGCCCUCGACCCCGAGUCAGACCGUUUCUGCACAAGAGUUGCGAGAGAGUGCGAAGCAGACGAUUGGGAGGAAGCAGGAGGUUGUUGAGGAUAAGUCAGGGAAGGCUCCGCCCAGUGAACCUCGUGGGACUCCAAGACCAGGGACUCCAAGACCAUCCUCGCCCCCUCGUCAUCGUUCGCCGUCGCCGCCUACGCGUCCUGGAACGAGGAACACGAGUCUGGAGAGCAAGAAUAGUGGUGGUCGCCCGAAGGCUGACCGCGAUGGUGAGCGAACGUCGGAGAGCAAGCGGGAUGAGAGGGAUAGUAGCGCCAGGCAGGAGCCGAGGACUUCUGACCGCCGUGAUGCUGCUCACGGAAGAGAACGUCGCGAGCGUACUACAUCAGGUCGGGACGGCGAACGAGAGCGUGAUCGUGACAAGGACCGAGGAAGGGAUAGGCAUGGAGACCGUGAGAGGGACAGGGAUCGGGAUCGUAGGGAACGCGACAAGGACAAGGAGGAUCGUGACCAUCGGGACAAAGACCGUGAGCGCGGUGAUAGGCAUCGCAGAGAUGAGAAGGACCGGGAGCGAGAUAGCAGCAGGAGGGAGAGGGAUGGUGCCGGUCGUGGUAGUGGUCCUUCAACGGAUGAGAGAGCACUACCCACUCGCCCAGAUCCUUCACGGCAUCGCGCCCAGCCCACGAGCGAUGAAGCUCUUGGAAAGCGACGGCGUCCGGCUGAUGAUGAGCCCGAGCGUGCUUCUAAAAGAAGAGACAAGAGCCAUCGUGAGGACAGGGGUCGCCGGUCUUCAGAGAAGGAACAUGAUAGAGGCAGAGAUUCUGACCGACGGAGGCGCGAGCGUGAUGGUACAGAUGGAGAUAAGGCCAGCGAAAAGAGGCCUCCGGAGGGCCCCGCCGCGAUCAAGAACCUGCCAUCCGCUCCCAGAGCUAUGGCGUCUGUGGAGCCAGCCAGGAGCAGCAGCAAAAUCGAACCGUCAUCCAACGGACGUGACCGUUUAGGAAAGGAUACUGCUCCUCACCUCACAGCUUCAGGACCUGCCGGGGUCACCGCGAGCGCUCGACAAACCUCUGCGACUACAGUAGCUGCUACUACUACUCCUGCUGCUGCUGCUUCUUCCGUACCCGAAUCGUCUGGUGGAGGCAGCCUCCGAUCCCGCAUCGGUGAGAGAGAAAUUGCUCGCCUUCCGCAAGCGCCAAAUGCUUCGCGUGGAGAUGCGCCUCUUACCACUGAAAAAGGACGAGAUGAUCGUGUUCCAGAGACUCCGAAGAAGCGCACAGUUGCUGAACUCGAGGCUGAAAAUCCUCCUCUACCACCUGCUGUCGAACCGCCAUCUCAACCGCCAAAGAGGAUCAAGCUCAACCGAGGCCGUUAUGCUGACCCUCCUAGUGGAAGUAGUGGUGCACCCGGUGCAGGUGCCUUCGCGAAGAAGAUGCUGCCCAUUGAUCCUCAGGCGGGUGAUAAAGGACGUCCUCCGAGAAAGAACUGAGUCGCCGUAGUGUAGUCGUCGUUCUUGAGUUGGACUUCUGUUCGUUUUUGUCCUUCGUGCAAGGCGUCAUUUUCGUUCCAAUCUCAAAUUUGCUGUCGAUUGUCUGUCGCAAUUUUUUCUUUUCCUUCCACUUCAAUGGUCCCGGUUGUGUUUCGUCAAUAUUCUGUAUUUUGUACUACAAUAUCUAUUGCACAGUGAAGAUGGAUCCCCCGC